UGAUGUCACUUGUCUCCUCCAAUCACAGAUGAGCUUGGGCGCGUCUACAGCCAGGUCUCAGCUGUGUCUGAAGAGGCUACUGGACGAACCCCAGGAGAAUUUACCAAAAUGUAAACUAGCCCGUCUGACUCUGCAACCUCUCGCCACCGGCCUGUCACCGUGCCUCAGGCCCAGAAGCUCCACCCCCAAGUCCACCCAGAGCGAAUCCCCAUCCAGAGUCGGGCCGUACCUCCUGUUGGAACGUUGCGAGGGGGAGGAGACUUACAGGGCCGAGCACGCACACACAAAGCAGCAAUACACCUGCCAGGUGCUCCCUCUGCGUGGUUACCUGGAGCGUUUGGCUGCCUACAACCGGAUUGGUCACCACGACAACAUCUGCGGCCUGCUGGACGUGGUGAUUGGCCAGGACAGCGUGUACGUCUUCCUGCCCGGGCACCACGGCGACAUGCACGCGUACGUGCGAAGCAGGAAGCGUCUGGGCGAGGAGGAGGCGGGGCAUCUGUUCGCUCAGAUCUUGAGCGCCGUGACGCACUGUCAUCGCCACGGAGUCGUCCUGAGAGACCUGAAGCUCCGAAGGUUCGUCUUCACUGACAAAUACAGGACUCGUCUCGCUCUCCUCGGCCUCAACGACUGCGUCCUCCUGCACGGUAACCAUGACAAUGACUCUCUGACGGACAGGCACGGCUGCCCCGCCUACGUCAGCCCCGAGCUGCUGACCAAUGGGAAAGGUUCUUACUCGGGCCGCGCCGCAGACAUCUGGAGCCUGGGCGUGUCCCUGUACACCAUGCUGAUUGGACGAUACCCGUUUCAGGACACGCAGCCUGCCGCGCUGUUCUCCAAGAUCCGGCGCGGGGCCUUCAGCCUGCCCGAUUGGCUGUCACCGCAAGCCAAGUGUCUGAUUGGCUGCAUGCUGAGGAAGUCGCCCGCAGAGAGGCUGCAGGCGUCAGAGCUGCUGAUGCACCCGUGGCUGACCAAUCCCUACACGCCACACCGCAACACCCACAAGACGCAUCAGAGCUCACAAAAAACACUACAGAGUAAACAAGAGGACGACGACCAGGUGGUGCCAACAUGGACAGAGGAAAAACACUAACACACACACCCUUUGUACUUCUAUACUUGUGAGGACCCGCAUUAAUAUAUAAUCCCAUAACCAUCACGACUAUUAACCCCAAACUUCACACUAAACUUAAUAAACUAAACCUAAACUGGAUUAAACUAAAACCGAGUCAGAACGUCUUCACUCCCUCAGCCAUUUGGUCCUCGCAAAGAUACACACAAGAGUGCACACACACACACACACACACACACACACACUAUAGAGACUGAUCCUGGAUUACUUGACCCGACCCUCUCGUGCCUUUCUCUCACUGUGGCUAUGACUCCAUGCAAGCUCCGCCUCCUCAGACAGGGGGCGUGGUCUAUGAAAGUGACCUCAACUUGAGGCCUGAAUCUGCUCCCCGUCUUCCACAAGUACCUGACGCAAACCAGAAUAAAUGGUGUGUUCAGGUGCUAUUUCGUGGAGAACUUCCCAGUGUUGAACGAAGGACUAUUGACUAUUGAUCAAUUGACUUGGAUUAUUGACAUCCUGCAGGGGCAGUUUCAUUGAUACACUUCAACACCUGGUUACAUGAUCGAUUCUGAUUUAAGGAGUUGAUGAAGACCACCUGAACACACCAUUGGUUUUCAAAAUGGACUUUAAGCAGCUUUUUCCUCUGUGUUUACUCUUCCUGGUUGCUUUCUAGAGUUACAAGAGAAGGAUCGGUCAGUGUUGGAAAGUCAACAAGCAACAGAAAUCUUUCUGUAAAACAGAAGUAAUCAGAGAAACAAACACAAAUUCAGCACAAAUUCUACAUUCAGCUUCAGUCUGACUUUAAAAGAUCAAUGUCUCAUCCUUUUCUGACGAUCCCAGUUUAAUGGAAACUGAGUGUGUGUCUAAAAAUAUUUUCCAGGCCUGUUAUCUCAGGAUUUUGUUUCCUAAUUUUCUCUAAAUUCUGGUUUUCUGGUGCUCUUAAUUUACUCAUAUUAUCAUAUUUAGAUAUAAAUGAAUUAAUAGUUUUCUUGUGACAUGAUAUACUGUAAUAAUGAUGAUUACGUGCAUGCUAGUUUAUUCUGGGACACAGGAUCAACCAUCACCCCAAAAUAACAGCAGUAAACUUGUGAUCAUGAGACAACUAUUUCUCAUACGUCUACCUAACAGUAUAAUUCAAUCUCAGAAUUAUAUCUAUUAUUAGCACCCAGUGUUGAAUCAUAAUAACCAAAUAAUUGAGUUGUAAUCUUGAGAUAACAGGACUAAAAUGAAUCCUGACACUUGUUUUCUUUGAAGAAGGCUGACUGAUCAUGACCCGACAGAUCUGCAGCCAGCCAAUAGGAUGCCUUCUUCUGAAUGUGUCAUUCAGGCCUCAGUUACAGCUGCAGAAUAAAUAAAAGAUGUUUCACAAAC